AUGCCUGUCCUUGGGCGAUGGAAUGCGGAUGAAGAUGAUGACAAGCCUGGUCAACGGGCAUCGGGUGGAUGGAGGCAGUGCGAGAGCUCUGGCUCCGACGAGUCGACUAGUCAGACUGGUGUUUGCUCCGUGGAUUUGAAGCUGAGCAUGCUGGAGUCCCACCACCAGCUACACGGCCAGGUAGACGUGUCUGAGUAUGCAACCAAUGGUGCCUCUGUGAAACGCAUCAAGGGUGCCCUUGCAGAUCCCCAAUGCUCCUGUGGGAAGUGCACGAUGCCUCUACCUGUCUUAGCUAAGUGUUGCAAAAGUUUCUGGGGGCUGCCCAAGCAACAACAAGAUGCCAUUCUUUGGAGUCUGCAAAGCGAGGGCAGUGUCCUCCAACAGCUUCAGGACAUGCUCUGUGUCGAUCAGCCUGGCUGCGAUUCUUGGGAAUUGGCAAGCAGCGGAUUCUUCGUACCAAGCGGAAAUUCCGGGACUGCUCAACGGUCCAAAUCAGAUGAAGAGCUUCGCGAGCAGUUGUUACGAAGACUUGUAGAUCGAGAACUUUUGGGGGGAACCACCCAGAUACUGCUGGAAUCCAAUAUUCAGUCGCUUCCAUUGCGGGAACUUCCUCCCGGUUCAACAAGCUCUCUGUUCUUGAUGUACUUAGCUUACAUUCGCCAAACAGGAGAUCCUGCUGAUGCUGCCUCCCGCACAACCUUCUACUCUGACUUUGGACGGCAUGCAGAACUUUGCCGGCAACUGUUGGACCACUACAAUGUCCAGUGGCGAAACCGACAGCAAUACUGGCAAGCCCGAACAAGGAGCAUGGUGAGAGAUUGGGCUGAAAUUGCACCCGACUCUGCCACGUUCAAGAAUGCCUACAAGAUUCGGGCUCUCAGAGAAGGUGAGACGGACACAAAACCUGUUCCACACUCUUUCAUCUUUGCAAAGAGAGGAAGUUUCUUGCCAUUAAAAAAAACUUCCAGUCUUCCAGGACAAGGACGUCAUCUUCAGUUGUCGGAGAGAUUACCUAGAAAUCUCAGGGCCCAAACUGAGGAAAGUGCUAGAGGUGAUCUCUUUUGCCUUGUCAAACAUGAAAUGUCUGAUCAAGGACUUAGUCAGGAACCACUACUUGUGUGGCCAUCGGCCUUCAUGGACAAGUCCAAGAAUUUCCUUCAGGUUGCCAACACUACGCAGAAGGUGCUGCAUCCGCAAUUUGAGGAUGAGCGGAAGGGUGACAUCGAGAAGCUCAUGCUUGCUAUGAGGAGGGAUUUUCCUGCCUUGAGUCGUGCAGCUGCAUGGUAUGAGUCGUUGUUGGCCCGCAGGCCGGAAGUGAUUGCAGAACCCUACACAAAGCUCAGCUUCCUGGAUAAUGUGAUUGAUGAAGACUUCCCGUCCAACCAGCAGUUUGCCAGUCACUUUGGCGAAUUCUUGGCCAACGGCUACAAGCCUUCUAUGGGGAGUGUGGACAUCAGGUUUGACCAUGGAUGUGGCGAUCGCAUCUUGAAAUUCCACGAUGUGAAGUUUGUGGAUGGCCAAACAAAAGUUCUGAUUUGUUUGGCCAUCGUUGCGUUCUGUGCAGAACUGGAAAUCUCAGAGACCCAGUUGGAGGACCCACAGCUCAGCAUGGUCUUGCAGAGCUUCACAUCUAUCAGAUGUACCUACCGUCACUUCGACAAUGAGUCAGACCACUUUCUCCACAGCCUCAAAUUGGGGUACGUGACAUCGGAGAAACAGACGCCAAGCCCCAUCAACAUCGCAGCAGAUUUGGGGGCCGCAGUGGACAUGGAGAGAAAGUCAUCUGCUUUGAUGGCGAAGGCUGCGCUCAAAGACUGUUUGAGUAAGGUGGUGGCAUCUUACAACCGAAUGUGCACCAACAAAAAGCACAAGGUAGAUUCUGCCAAACGCGCGCUGGUGUACAAUAUGCAUUUAGACAACGACCUUGGAGCUGUGAUGAAGAGUGGCGAGGAUUUCUCGUGGGAGCGGGCUACAGGAAAGACUAUGAAUGACUAUGUCAAUUCCCAUCAAGACAAGUCGCGCAACGCAAUGAACAAGGCAGUAGAAGCCUCCUUUCAGGCUUGGGUGGAGGAGCUUCGGGCAGACCAAGCCCAAUUCACAAGUGAAAAGGUGAUGUUGGAGAAGGAGGGCGCAAAAGCGAGGAACAAAUUGGUUCGUCAGCUUGAGGGUGAGAGCACUGUGAUGCCUCAAUCCAGAGGAUGGAUUCGUGAUCAGGCAAGUGAGUUGGGGUGUGCGCCCGACGACCAUGGGGUGGUGCUGUUCCUCAACGCACCGGCCAUUGGUGUGGUUUCAGCAGCACGCAACAAUUUCAUUUUGAAUUACAUCACCAACAUUCUGACAGAAUGGCCCACGAAUUCUGUGUGCUUUAUCGUGCACCCGAACCGUGCCAGCCAACAAGAAGGGAGGAAAUCCGGAAUGAAGAAGGAGGAGGACGAUGAUGACGUGGACAUGGAGCCAAAGGUCAAAGGGGAUGAUGACGAUGACAGUGAAGAUGAUGGUGUGACCAAGACCAGACGUGAUGAUCAUGAUGAUCUAGUCCGGAAAGUUCGAUACAACCUGGAGACGGAUCUUUCGCUGCCUGAGCGGAACUUGCGGGUGCGAAGCCUGACAUAUGUCUUUGAUCCAGAAUCCAUGUAUGGUAAACGAGAAGGAGUUUUGCCUGGCUUGGUUGUGAUGUCCAACCACCCCAAGAACUUCUACAAGCAAACGCGUGGAUUCAAAACUGGCACGGUGAUGGGCAUCCAGAUGCUGGCCCGUGCCAACAUGGUGAAGCCUGAAUCUGUGAGCCCAAGCAAGCUGCCUCAUUUGGGCAGAGCGUUCACAGACAUCCAGGAGCAAAAGCAAGUUGCUGGGGGCACCGACUUCCUGCAGAAGACCUUGGAAGCCUUCUCUGUGGCCUCAAUCAAGUCGCAAAUCUUGAUCGACAUGCAUGCAUACGACGGGUGUUGUGCACUGUCGGCUGUGGAGGACAUUUCUGCUGGCAAGAGCACUGUCUGUGGAACACUAUGCCUGGACCACUCUGGCUCAGACAUGAUGCAGAGGAUUGGAAAUGUGAUUUACGAAAGAUGUCGGGCAUCCACCCUCACGUUGCCAGGGUUCCCGGACUUUGGUCCGACCAUUGCUGCCUUGAGAAACAGCAGUGUCCAGGAACGUACCAAGAGCUACAGAGUGAGUGCGCAACAACAUGACACUCUCAUGGUGCUCGAAGUUUAUGCCAAGAAAUGGCUGUCCACGGAAAGUACCAAGGAACGUGCACAGGAGGUGAUCCAAUCACACAAUUCGGAAUUCAAUCCGACCGACAAGACAGAAGCUGAGUCAGCACGCGUGGAACAGCCACCUGCGAAGCGAGUGAAGCUGGAAACCGUGACUGAGCAGGAGCUAUCGAAAAAGCUGUCGCUGAACAACGCAUGUGACCUUGUCCUGGCCGGCGAAACCGGCGACAGCUUGUUCCUCUCCUCGCGCGCCAGAAAUCAGUUUCUGGAGAAUCGAGAGUUGUGCAGCUUUGGAGGGGGCGAGUGGAGGGAUGGAGCAGAAGCGGAUGAGGUCCUUGCCAAUGCUGAAGGGCGCUGGAUGAGCUUCUGUGCCACCAACAUGACGCUGGUGCUCCUGGAGCGCAAAGGCUUGCCAGAGCAUUUGGCAAGCAUGGACAGCUUGGAAACCGUUGUGACAUUGCAAUCGUUGAUUUGUGAUUUGCAGGAUCUUGGAGAAGAUCCACAAAAGAAGAAGGGCAAAAAAAUCAAGGGUACUGUGCAGAUUUCAGCCAAGAAUUUCGGAAGUUGGAUGAGUGUGACAAAGUUGAAAACGGCUGGUGACACAGUGAAUAUCGCAUGGCGUGUUCGGUUGGAUGCCAGCAACUCCAACGGGAUCAAGGUCAUUACUCCGAUUCGACCUAUUCUGGUUUUGGCACACCAACAUGACUUGAAUGAGACGACGCUGCGCUUGAUGUAG